AUGUCAGUUGAUAAGUUUGGACGGCAUCAGCUGCAGCUGCAGCUGCAGCAACAGCAGCAACAGCAGACAUCGACAAUCUUUCAAGGCAACUACAAAUGGUUGAAAAUUCUACCCGAAAUCGUGUUAAAGUACAAUUCAACUAAACACACUACAAUUGGAAUGAAACCGAUAGAUGUCACAACUAAAAAUGAACAGCCACUAUUGAAAACUGCAUUUAAUCACAUAAAAAUCUAUCGCGGAAGUAAAUUUAAAGUGGGUGAUAAAGUGCGUGUUAGUAAAUACCGAGAGGCAUUCAACAAGGGCUACACACCGAAUUGGUCCAACGAAAUUUUCACCGUAGAAAAAGUCAAUUUAACCCAUCCUACAACGUAUAUUUUGCAAGACGAUCAUCAAGAUCUAAUAAUGGGUGGAUUUUACGAACACGAAUUGCAACUAACAAAAUAUCCCGACAUUUAUCUUGUGGAAAAAGUCCUUAAACGAAAGGGCAAUAAGGCCUACGUGAAAUGGUUUGGUUUACCGACCAACCAAAACAGUUGGGUUAAUAAAAACGAUUUGUUGUAA